AUGUCUGCUGAUCCAUUUUCUGAUUUACUAAAUUCAUUCAAGGACCAACAUAACACUGUAACCAUCACUGACAACGAUAAAAACAACAGUAGCGACAUCAAUAGCAAAUCUUUAAACCAUUUAUUAAAACAAAAAGAGCUUCCUAAUAAAAAUACACCUGUCCAGACUAAUACACUUGCUGAAACUUCUACUAAUGUCACCAAUACCGUUGAUCUAUUAGACGACUUCUUUGGUUCCAGUUCUAAUACCAAUAUAUCUACUUCUACCAAAAACAACAACCAAACAAAUAAUGAUAGUGGGUCAGAUUUGUUAGAAGAUUUUUUAGGACCACAAGAAACUAGCCCUAAUAAUAACGCUAAAUCACUACAACCAGAGCACAUGAAGGAAGAGUAUGUGGAAACAAAAGAAAAAGAACAAGAACAAGAACAAGAAAAUAUUGCUGAUGAAGUUAAAGACUUUGAAUUAGCAAGGCUAAUGUCCAUAAAUGAUAUGUCACUGAAUAAGGCGUUGGAAUAUUAUGAAAACGGUAUAACUUAUGAUGUUUUAAUGAAAAAAUUAAAACCAACUUAUCCUACCCGUACUAAAACUAGUAACACCUUGAGUAGUGGUGUCAACAAUGAUGCUGUCCCCCCGUCUAUAAUUGAAGAAACUUCUUCAAAUCUAUUUAAUAUUGCAUCAUCUUUGUUUAACAAAGGUAAAAACCUGAUCGAACAGUCAUUAAAUUUUGAGGAUGAAAAUGAAAGGUACAAUAAUAAUUCUCGUGAUACUGCCAAUGUUAAUAGUUUUGCCAAAUUGCAUAUUAAUAGUAAUAUUAAUAGUAGGUUGGAUGCCUUGAAACAAAAUUUCGAUGAUUCGUCUGUACUUACGAGCAAUACCAACAGGCCUAUUAGAAUGGGAGAAAAAAGCAAGCACUUAUAUGUUGAAAAUAAUAAAAAUAAUCAAGCAAAUUCCGACACUACUACUAUUGAUAAUUUUAAUAGCACUUUGCUAAUCGAUAGAGAUGAUAAUAUAUCGUCAGAAAUCAGUUCUGAUAACAUUAAACGUAAUAACCUUACAGAAAAAUCAACUUCGCAACAACCGCUGCCUGCUUCUUCAGAAUCGAAUAUUUUACUAGAUUUUUCUAAUGAUUCUUUUGAACAGACUUCACUACAUCAAGGCAAUAAUAUCAAAUCUAACCAUAACCAACCUUAUAUUUCAGACCUAGAAUACGCUAGUUAUACCGAAUUUAAAGAAAAGGCAGCAAUAGCAUUCAAAAACGGAGAUUAUACUGAAUCUUUAAAUGAUUAUAUAAAAUCCUUGAACUCAUUACCUGAAAAUCACCCAUUACGUAUUAUUUCAUUAUCUAAUAUAGUAACCACAAGAUUGAAAUUGGGUGAAACGUCCAAAAGUUUGGAAAAUGCGAAUGCAGCUUUAAAGUUACUUGAGUUGCACUAUGGCAAUGCAACUGCUUCACCUGAAGAAACAAUACCCAAAAGUGAUGGGAAAAGGUAUAAAGAUAUGUGGGGGAAGAUUGUUUUUAGAAAAGCGGAAAUUUUAGAAAGUAUGGAUAACUAUAAAGCUGCAUAUGACCUGUAUAAAACUUUGGUUAGCACUGGUAUUACAGAUUUAAAAAUUAUGCAAGGUAAAUCCAGAUGUGAAAAAGUUGUAUUACCACAAAAUAAAACAGUUCUCUCGUCUAAAAACCCUAAAUUAAAAGCAUCUACUGGUCUAAACCCUUCUGUUACAAACAGUAAUUCUUUUGGCCGCAAUGAAAAUUUAAAAAGAGUUCAAGAUAAAAAUUUUCGUUUAGAACAAUUAGAAAGGGAAAAUUUCCAAUUGCAUGAUCAGAUUGAACAACAAGUUCAAGACUGGUGUAAAGGCCAUGAAACUGAUUUACGUUACUUACUGCUAACAUUAUCAAAAGUUUUGCAAUUUAGUUCAUGGCCUGAAAUUAAGGGAACUGAUUUGGUGAUGCCCAAGAGGGUUAAAAUUUACUAUUUAAAAGCCAUUUCUAAAACUCAUCCAGAUAAACUUAACGACUCACUAUCUACUAAAGAUAAAAUGCUAGCAUCAAGUAUUUUUAUUGUAUUAACAAAGUCAUGGGAACUUUUCAAACAGGACAACAAUUUGUAA